AUGAAAUUAUCCGUUAGUUUCCUCUUUGCCAUCUUGGCUUUCAUUGGUACUGUUCACUACAGUUCAGCUGCUACUGUUAUUUUAGCUGAUGACAGUUUUUUGGAAGAAUCCUUGCCAAAAUAUGAUGACAAGCCUAAAUCAAAGGAAGUUUUACCCAAAAAAUUGGAUAAUGAAAUUGAAGAUGUUGACGAUGGAUUCUUUGAUGAUGAUGACGAUGUUGAAUUCUAUGAUGAUCUUGAGGAUGGCGAUAUUGUACUGUUCGAUGAACCUUUAGAUGAUGACACUGAAUUGAUUGAUGAUGACGAUAAUGAAUUGAUGGAAGCUGAAAAUGACGAUGAUGAGGAAAAUAUCAAUGAAUUGGAAGAAAUUGAUGCUCGUGCUCGUCGUCGUAGACGUAAGGGACGCAAGGGCCGUAAAGGACGCAAGGGUCGUAAAGGACGCAAGGGCCGUAAAGGACGCAAGGGCCGUAAAGGACGUAAGGGACGCAAGGGCCGUAAGGGUCGCAAAGGACGUAAGGGCCGCAAAGGACGUAAGGGCCGUAAGGGUCGCAAAAAUAGACUUCGUAAUCGUUCCGGUUAA